AUGUGCAAUGAAGCACUGAUUGCUAUUGAGGAUCUUUGCAUUAUUAUUGCCAACUUGCCACUCAGUCAUUUCAGUAUGCCUUCGCCAAAUCGAAGUGCAUCUGAUAUAUUAAACACUGACAUGAAUCGUGAACUUCAAUACAAUACAAUAGAAAUGGCAGAGAAUGUCACUCGCAAUGUUCCACUAAUGAAUGAAGAACAAAGGAACAUUUAUGACUGCAUUAUGCUCGCAGUUUCGGCAGGACAAGGUGGAUUUUUUUUGGAUGCACCAGGUGGAACUGGCAAAGCAUGCAUUAUUUCGCUAAUUCUCGCUGAAAUACGAUCAAAUAAUAGCAUCGCGUUGGCCGUUGCAUCAUCUGGCAUUGCGGUAACUUUAUUGGAUGGAGGCAGAAUAGCUCAUUUAGUAUUUAAGCUGCCACUAAAUAUUCAAAACAACCCAGACGCAGUGUGCAACAUAAAAAAGCAAUCGUCUAUGGCAACAGUGUUGAAACACUGUAGAAUUAUCAUCUGGGAUGAAUGCACUAUGGCACACAAACAUUCGCUUGAGGCGUUGAACUGGACAUUGAAAGAUAUAAAAAACAAUGACAAAUUAUUUGGCGGCACUUUGUUACUCCUUUCAGGUGAUUUCAGACAAACACUUCCCGUCAUUCCGCGUUCAACGUACGCUGAUGAGAUCAAUGCUUGCUUGAAAUCAUCUCCACUUUGGCCUAAUGUUGAAAAAGUUCAACUAAAAGUAAAUAUGCGCGUUCAAAUGCUUCAAGAUCCAUCUGCUGAAACAUUCUCAAAACAAUUGUUAGAUAUCAGUGAUGGAAAAGUUACUGGCAGAAAGGGCGAUUUUAGCAGCAAAAAAUGUGGACGUCAACGAAUAGAAUCUGAGGAUACAACAGUUAUUGCCAGGUAA